AAGUAGGACGAAACCAAAAGAGCAAAAAGAAACUUGUCAAAGCCAUCUUAACACAUGUCUGACUCUCCACCAAAGCAGCAUGAUUCACUGGUUCAAAGUUCAAAUCUUUCUAUACUUAGCUACAGCUGCAGCCACAGAAAUGUAUACAACUAAGUUCACCACAUUUCCCUCGGACAUUACCGUGAAGAUGACGUCAGUUGGUCCCACAAUGCCAGCGUCAACGUUUUUGUCUUGUGCCAGACGUUGUUUGAAAUAUGUCACUACGUGCUCUAGCUUCCUGUACAACCAGACGAUAAACACCUGUAUACCGGGCUCGUGGCUCGUUAGGUCUGAAAUGUCUGUGACCUCAACUCUUGCCACAUUGUACUACAAGCCAGGAGCGUUCUGCGAAAGUAGACGCGUUAAUUUUACCAUCAAAUCUUAUGGCGAUGUCAGCGCAUGCAUGUGGCUAUCCAACAGUUCGGCCAAUUAUGAUACAGCCAGAAAAUAUUGUCUAAAUCUUGGGUCACAUUUGUACACUAUUAGAAUCCCUAACAAGCUCUUCAUCUUGCUAGAUGUUGUCCACACGUUGAAUGUUGAUUACUGGGUGGGAUUGAAUGACAUUGCUGAGGAAGGCGUCUUUAGGUGGGAAGAUGAUAACUCUCUUUGGAAAAAAGACUGGACUCUCUUCGCCUCAGGUCAGCCUGACAAUCUUGGAAACGAAGAUUGUGUCCAGUACAGUCCAACAUUUUACCCAAUCAAUGACAGACCUUGUUCAUAUUUGUCUAGAUUUAUAUGUGAAAUGAGUCCAUUGCUUAGUUGAACUUAAGGCGAGAAACAGAUAUUGAAGUUAUACAGCCUAAAAUCAUUUCUGAAAAAGCAGUUCAGUAAAACAUUUCAAGUUGGUGGUAUAAUCAACCAACACAUACGCCUGAUACAACCAAUGUCUAAGUAUCUAUGUGUCGCGCACGCUAAUUAGAGGCAUUAAUUUUGUAAGUAAAUGGUUUUCCUUGUCAUGCGUCAACGCACUUGGAAAAAAAAAUAAGCUCUUAUCUGAAUUGGUCCAAGUCUAAAGAAGACUGUGCCUUUAACGUCGUGAUUUGUGUGUGUCAACUAUUUGACUCAAUUAUAUGUUUCACAAGUAAUGGUUUAGUGUUUCAUGUAUUAUUGCUACUUUCUUUUCAGUUCAUUUAAUGAACACAGCAAAUAAUGUUAAAGUGAAGCACAAUCAAUACUUCAACAA